AUGGCAGAAGUUGAAUUCAACCCUGUUUCUGUUUACAAUAAGCUUGCGAAUUUGCGAGUGAAACAAUACUCAAACGGAAAAAUUUGUAAUGAAGAAGCGCAACCAAUUUCGUUUUUACGAAUUGAAGCAGCUGAUAUAACCAAGAACAUUAACCGUUAUCGAGCUUGCGAUAAUAAUUCACGUUUUUACUGUCGUGAAUGGGUUCAGUUUAUUUAUAAAAAAAAGUAUACUUGGGCAACAAAAAAUCAAAAUUUCUCCAUUACUGGAAAUAAUAAUAACCAAAUUAAUAAUAUUGUAAAUAAACCAAAGCAGAACGCUACCGAUAAAUGUCAACAGUUAUUUGAGUAUAUCAAUAAUUAUAAGGAUAAAUUUAGAGAAACGAAUUCUGACAUUGAUUAUCCAAAUAUUUUUGAAUCAAUUUUACAAAAAGUGUUUGAUUGGAUCAAAGCUCCCAGCAAUUUGUAUUCUUCACCAAAUGUUUUUAUCCCUGUUGAAUUUAAUUAUCCAAAUCAAGUUCUUUGUGAUAAUGAGAACAAUGAUCUUCCUAAUUUGCUUGAAAAAGUUUCAAUUGAAAAGAAUCAUUAUCAAAUCUCUAAAGAAAACUUUCCUUUAUUGAAAUUAAUUGUUUUAACAACACAAUGUAAUCAUACUCAAUCAGAAUGUAAAUAUCCAGUUGAACUUGAUUUAGAUCGUAAAGUCUUUAAUGAUCAGUUGUCUAAAGAGGAAUCCAUAAAUAACGAAAAGUUAAUAAAAAAUUUAGAUCAAGUUUGGCAAUUCGUUAAUAAUCUGUUAAAUUCAAUAAUUGAAUUGGAGAAAAAUAGAGAUUUGAUUUUUGGUAAAGGUUGUGUUCAAAAUAUGACCAAUUUCUUGAAAAAAUAUCAGAAUGAAUCUUUUUCAUUUAAAGAGUACUGGGCACCUAUAUCUGAAACAUAUAAGAAACCUCAAAAAUUAAAGAAAGGAAGCGUAUCAAUUAAUACUGUCGAUGAUAUAGAUAAUUCAUUUAAUGCCUAUAUAAAUAAUUAUAAAAAUUUAUUAUCAUUAUGGGAAGAAGAAUUUAUAGAAAAGGAAUUCACGAAUGCUACUAAAUUCAUUGACGACACAAAACCUGUCUUGAUGAGUUAUUUUGUAAAUUUUCAGAAUAGAAGUAAUGGACGACUCUUAAAAUUUUAUACUGAUGCAACACAAAAAUGUACAAUAACUCUAAACACCAUAAAAGAUUUGAAAUUGAUGAUAUCAAAAAGAUUUUCAAUCGUGCGAGAAGAUUUCUCGAAGAGGAAUAAAGAGUUAAUUGAGGAAUUAGAAAUCAUAGCAGUAGAUUGGAAAAAAAAUUCACAAAAAACAAUUUUAGGUAGAUUAGAAAAAGCGAAUAAUAAAGAAUUUCUAAAGAAGAUUAAAAAAUUUGAAAAUUCUUUUCAAAACUUGAGACAGUUUUCUGUCACUUCCAUUGGAAAUGGAUUUCCUGUCACCGAUUUUGCAAAUAUAUGUAUUCAAAUUUUGGAAUUAUUAAUGAUGGAAGGGGAAAUGUGGGAAGCAAUUGAAUUGGGAAAACACUAUAUGAAUAAUGAAUCUACGAUUCAAAACUUUAAUUUACAACGUGAAAAACUUUUAAAAGACUUUAAUCAGGGUAUAGAAGUAGGGAGAAAGGUUCUAUCAGAAAUUAUUGGAUGUUCAUUCUUGAGAGAAGCUCAGAGAUUACAAGAGGAAUCCUUAGCACUGAAAAAACAAGAUUCUUUUUUACAAUCUAUUGAUCAAAAAAAGACAGAUUCAUCAAAGAAAAAAAAAGGAGAUAAGGAUUUGACAAAUUCUAAUUUUUCAGAAACUGCUGCUACUCCACCAGUCAAUCCUGAGCAUCAGUCAGCUUCAUCAGAUAAAUUAAUUUCGAAUUCUAAAGAUGAUGAUUCCAAAAGAGCAGCCCAACAAAAAAUACUAAAAAAAAUGAUUUUUGAAAAUAUUUCUAUGAAUUAUGAAAGUGCAUCACAAUCAUUUGACACAAAUCGCUCAAUAGAAAGUGAUUCGCAAAUUAAUUUGGAAGGGAAUAAUCCUAAAAUUAAUGAAUGGGAUACAUCCUUUAAUCAAUUGACUACUGAAAGUACGGACAAUUCUCAUUCUAAACAUUCCCACUUGUCAGCUCCACCUGGUCUCGGUUCACAAUCAUUUGUUGGAGGGACAUCAUUCACUAAUAAUGUAUUCGUGGAUGCCACGAACAAUUUUAAUCUUGAUACAUUAAGUCGUACGGAUUUAAUUUCAAUUAUACAAAGACUUUCUAAUGAUAAGAAACAAUUAGUUUCAUCGUUAAUUUCGUUGCAACAAGAAGUACAAUCUAUGAAUAUAAGAUACACAAAUUUAAUUGAAAUGUCACGCGAACACGAGUCUCAAACUAUCAAAAUUUUAGAAGCACGUAUGCAACAGGAGAUGGAUGAAAAAAUUGGAUAUAUUCAAAAGUUAGAGUUACGAAUUAACCAAUUGGAGAAACGAAAUAAACAAAAUAAUCAAGUUAGUGGCAAUUGGGAGUCAGUAAGCCCAAAGAAUGAAUCUUCACCUGGAAGUUCAAACACUAAUCAAAUAAUGCAUUCUUCAUCUGUCUCCGGUCUUUUUACAACUUCAUCCCAUACUAUGAAUACUGUGAAUUCAUUACAUGAAUCAAAUAAAUAUAUUAAUUCACGGCGAAGCAUGAAUGGAAAUGGAACUCGUUCUGUUAACAAUUUACGCUGUGGUAAUUGUGGGGAUCAAGGUCAUAUUAGUCAAAAUUGUAAUUUAGGUUGUCGAUACUGCGGUGACCCUAAACAUUUAAGUGAAAAUUGUAAUUAUGAAAAUUUAUUGCAGACUAAUGUUUUCAAUGAUGGAAAGAAUUCUAAUUCUGAAGAUUUAGAAUGUUUAUAA